AUGAAAGUAUUCGUCACUGGAGCAUCAGGUUUUGUAGGUGGAGCAUUGAUUCCAGAGUUGAUAGAAUCGGGUCAUAAAGUGGUGGCCCUGGCCCGUUCAGAUCAGGCUGAACAAAAGAUUCAAAAAUUGAGCUCUGACAUUGAAAUUGUCAGAGGUAGCCUGCAAGACUUGGAGGUGCUUGAAAAAGCGGCAGCUGCUAGUGAUGGUGUGAUACAUUUAGGUUUCCUGCACGAUUUCAGUAAGUUUGAAGAAGCCUGCUUGGUUGAUCGAAAGGCGACCGUUGCGAUGUUGGAGGCUUUGAAGGGCACCAACAAGCCCUAUGUGCAGACCACAGGAACGCUCAUGUUUGCACCGGGAGUUUUGGCGACCGAAACUACUGACAAAAGCGGUAGCGGGCUGGGCUCUCUGCGCUCAGAAACCGAAGACAUUGUGCUGAGCUAUAAAGACAAGGGUGUGCGUGCUCUUGAGGUCCGGCUGUCCCCUACAGUUCAUGGUAAAGGAGAUCAAGGCUUCAUUCCCGCACUGAUCCAAAUUGCCAAAAAGAGCGGUAAGUCCGGCUACAUUGGCGACGGUUCAAACGUGUGGCCUGCGGUGUCGCGCUGGGACGCUGGUUGUCUAUUCAGACUAGUGCUGGAAAAAGGACGCGCGGGAGCGGUUUACCAUGCAGUGGCCGAAGAAGGGGUGAAAACCAGAGAUAUCGCCGAAGCCAUUGGUGAGCUUUUGAGUGUUCCCACGGAGUCCAUUGAUGCUGCAAAAGCAACCGAGCAUUUCGGUUUUCUAGCCGCGUUUUUUGGUCGCAACUCGCCAGCCUCAAGCAAAAUAACGCGUGAGGAGCUGGGCUGGGCUCCAAAGGAACUUGGUUUGUUGGAUGAUAUCCACGCCAACUAUGCUAGUUGA